ACUGUACUUAACAUUAUUCAAUCCUCAUUAUAAAAACAUUUUCCGUCCACUACGAUCCAUUCAGUGUUCUCAGAAACGUGUUCCACCAUGAAAGCUUACAUUUUCUUCCCUCUGGCUCUAUUGAGCUUCACCGAAGCUCGCCAUUUCUCAUACAAGGCUCGAGAGCAAUGGUUGGCCCAAGAAACCAUCCCUUCCAAUUACGACAAGCGGUUCAGACCACCACCGGUUUCCGACCACGAGGAUGGACCAGUCCAAGUUAAUAUCUCGAUGUACAUCCAAGAGCUAAGCAUCUGUUCCUAUCGUCAACAAUUGAUUGUUGGUGGGUACUUCCGUCAAUUCUGGGUGGACCCCCGAUUGGCCAUGACCGAGGUGGAGGACAAGGACGAGACCAUCCUGACUUUGGGGGAUAUGUUCGUGGAUACCCCGAUUUGGAUCCCAGACACGUUUGUGGUCAACAGUAAGAACGGCUUGGUGAGCGACGAUGCUCCUGAGACCAAAGGAAGGUCCUUUCUGAGAGUGAAGGCUGAUGGAUCUGUUUUGGGAUCGACCAGAUUCCGUUCCAAAUUGAUCUGUCCCAUGUCCAAGAAAGAUACGGAGGUGACUUGCUCGUUCCACGUUGAAAGCUUUGGUGCAAAAGCCACUGACAUUUCCUACGCGUGGAAAGAUUUUGAGGCCGAUUCGAUGGUCGUGUCCGAUCAAGCCAUUAUGUUGUUAAAAAAUAACGGCUGGAAAUUGAUUGAGAGCACCCCUGUCAAUGACUACGUUGAGCUUGAGAUUGGAAAAUACUCUAGGGUUUCGUUGAACUUCAAAUUGGAGAAAUUUGAGGGAGAGGGAGAGGAAACGGAAUCUGAUGACCUUUAAGGAUUAGUGAAUAAGAUGCUAUGCUUCCUGAUCUAAUCUUACAAUAUAAAUAACGAAUAAAUCAGUUUUUGCAACAUUU